AUGAUGGGAUCACGUUUGCUGCAAAACGUUUGUUCGGCGGUCACUCUCAACAUUCGGAAGCGUUUUCUAUGGAUAGACUUAGCUACUGUUCUGGCGUGGCUUCGAUCGGACAGCCGCCGAUACCAUCAGUUCGUAUCUUUUCGGGUUGGUGAAAUUCUUUCGCUCACGAGUGUGGAUGAAUGGCAUUACGUACCCUCAAAGCUCAACGUGGCUGACGAUGCCACCAGGUGGAAUUCGGGACCAUCGUUUGAUCCAGAUAACCGUUGGUUUCAAGGCCCAUCAUUCCUACGAGAUACAAAAGAGCUGUGGCCAAGAGAAUCAGCAGUAGUAGUGGCCGAAACGGAUGCGGCACGGGUAGGAGAUCGAAUCGGAUGCACACCACACAUUCCAUACGCUGCGAAACAUCCCGUUGUGCUGCCAAGAGAUCAUCGUAUCACUUUCCUUUUGGAGGAUUCUUUUCACCAACGGUUCCUGCACACCAACGGGGAAACAGUCUGUAAUGAACUACGGCAGGAGUUCUACAUACCCAACCUUCGGGCGCUCGUACGAAAAGUUAGCCGAAGUUGUCAGCACUGCAAGGUCAAGAAAGCAGUUCCUGUGCCACCACUGAUGAGACCACUGCCGAGGGUACGCAUAACACCAUUUAUUCGGCCGUUCACGUUCGUCGGCGUGGAUUACAUGGGGCCCUUCGAAGUCAAAGUUGGUCACAGCGUGGUAAAAAGGUGGAUCUGUCUAUUCACCUGUCUCACUAUACGGGCUGUCCACCUAGAGCUGGUCCACAGUCUUUUAUCGAUCGCCUGCGGGAUGGCGUUCAGGAGAUUUGUAGCCAGGCGGGGAGCACCGUUGGAGGUAUUUUCGGACAAUGGCACAAACUUUGUUGGAGCCAAUCGUCAGUUGUCAGAGGCGAAACAGAGGAUCCAGAACAUUAUCGAGGACUGCGCCGCCACAUUCACCAAUGCAAAUACCCAGUGCCAUUUCAACGUUCGGGCAGCUCCGCACAUGGAAGGACCAUGGGAGCGUAUGGUCAAGUCCGUGAAGGUGGCGAUGAAGGCUAUUCUGGAUAGUCCAUGA